GGCGAGGAGGAAGGAGAAGGAGGACGAGGAGGGAAGCUGCUCCGCCGCACGUGCCCCCGCGAAGGAAGCCCGCGAGGCUCAGCCCCAUGGGGGGGGCCGCCGCCGCCGCCGCCAGCCGCGGGGAGGGCCAGCACCACGGGAGCCAGCGAGGCUCAGCCUUCGGAGGAGAGCGGCCCCGGCUCACUCCCUAAGGGCGCGCGCCGCGGCGGAGCGGCCUCUCAGCCAGCCGGCUGAUCCGCCACCGGCCUCCCAUGGCUGGGCGCGCGAAGGAGCAGACGCUGCCCGGCAACAUGAUCACUUCCGGUUUCUCUUCCCCCAACCCCCCAGCAGCAGCAGCGGCGGCUCAGGAGGUCCGACCUUCCACUGAUGGUGGCAGCAGCAGCUCCUCCUCCUCGUCCUCUUCCUCCUCCAAGAAGAGAAAAUUAAAUAGUAAUAGCAACAGUAGUGAUAGAGAAGAGGUUGAGUCCGUCUCCUCCUGCUCCUCCCUCCUUGCCAGAAACAACUCCUCCUUGGUCAUUACCACCGCCUCCUCCACUGCCUCCUGUUCCUCCUCAGGGGUUGCCUCUUCCAACCAUCACCUGCAGAAGAAGUUGCGCUUUGAGGACUCCUUGGAUUUUAUUGGACUUGAUGUGAAGAUGGCUGAAGAGUCUUCCUCUUCCUCCUCUUCGUCGCCUGCUGCCUCUUCUCAGCAGCAGCACCAGCAGCAGCUCAAAAACAAAAGCCUUUUAAUUUCCUCAGUAGCAGUGGGACACCACGCAAAUGGCCUGACCAAAGCUACCUCCUCUACUGUCUCCAGUUUUGCCAACAGUAAACCUGGUUCAGCCAAGAAGUUAGUGAUCAAAAACUUUAAAGAUAAACCUAAACUGCCUGAAAAUUAUACAGAUGAAACCUGGCAAAAACUGAAAGAAGCCGUAGAAGCUAUUCAAAACAGUACUUCAAUUAAGUACAACUUAGAAGAGCUCUAUCAGGCUGUUGAAAAUCUCUGCUCCUACAAGAUUUCUGCAAAUUUGUACAAACAGUUAAGACAAAUUUGUGAAGACCACAUCAAAGCACAGAUUCAUCAGUUCAGAGAGGAUUCCUUGGACAGUGUUCUUUUUCUCAAGAAAAUAGACAAAUGUUGGCAAGACCAUUGCAGACAAAUGAUAAUGAUUAGAAGUAUCUUUUUGUUCCUGGACCGAACCUACGUUCUUCAAAAUUCAAUGCUGCCAUCAAUUUGGGAUAUGGGACUAGAACUGUUUAGGACUCACAUAAUUAGUGAUCAGAAAGUCCAGAACAAGACCAUUGAUGGCAUUCUUUUGUUGAUUGAGAGAGAGAGAAACGGCGAGGCCAUUGACAGGAGUUUGCUCCGCAGCCUUCUAAGCAUGCUUUCGGAUUUGCAGAUCUAUCAGGAUUCUUUUGAGCACAGAUUCUUGGAAGAGACUAAUCGUCUGUAUGCAGCAGAAGGACAGAGGCUUAUGCAAGAGAGAGAGGUUCCAGAAUAUCUUCAUCAUGUCAACAAACGCUUGGAGGAAGAAGCUGACAGGAUUAUCACCUACUUGGAUCAAAGCACCCAGAAACCACUAAUUGCUACUGUAGAAAAACAGCUGCUAGGUGAACAUUUAACAGCCAUUCUACAGAAAGGUCUAAACCAUCUCCUGGAUGAAAACCGAAUUCAGGACUUGUCUCUGCUGUAUCAGUUGUUCAGUAGGGUGAAGAAUGGAGUGCAGGCCCUACUGCAGCAGUGGAUUGAAUAUAUAAAGGCAUUUGGUAGCACCAUUGUCAUUAACCCAGAAAAAGACAAAACCAUGGUCCAAGAGCUGCUAGACUUCAAGGAUAAAGUUGAUCAUAUAAUUGACAUUUGCUUUCUGAAGAACGAGAAGUUUGUCAAUGCCAUGAAGGAAGCCUUUGAAACUUUCAUCAACAAAAGACCAAAUAAGCCUGCUGAGCUCAUAGCUAAAUAUGUCGAUUCAAAGCUCCGUGCAGGCAACAAAGAGGCUACUGAUGAAGAGCUUGAAAAGAUGCUGGAUAAAAUUAUGAUCAUAUUUAGGUUUAUCUACGGAAAGGAUGUUUUUGAAGCCUUCUACAAAAAAGAUCUAGCAAAGCGGCUAUUAGUGGGCAAAAGUGCUUCAGUAGAUGCUGAGAAAUCCAUGCUUUCCAAACUCAAACAUGAAUGUGGUGCUGCUUUCACCAGCAAACUUGAAGGAAUGUUUAAAGACAUGGAACUUUCUAAAGACAUCAUGAUACAAUUUAAACAGUAUAUGCAAAAUCAGAAUGUACCUGGUAACAUUGAACUCACCGUCAAUAUCUUGACUAUGGGCUACUGGCCAACCUACGUGCCUAUGGAGGUUCACCUGCCAUCAGAGAUGGUAAAACUGCAGGAGAUAUUUAAGACGUUUUACCUAGGAAAACACAGUGGCAGGAAACUUCAGUGGCAAUCAACAUUAGGGCACUGUGUACUCAAAGCAGAAUUUAAAGAGGGCAAGAAAGAGCUGCAGGUCUCUCUGUUCCAGACUCUGGUGCUGCUCAUGUUUAAUGAAGGCGAAGAAUUCAGUUUGGAGGAGAUAAAACAAGCGACUGGAAUAGAGGAUGGAGAGCUCCGGCGAACCCUCCAGUCACUAGCCUGUGGCAAGGCAAGAGUGCUAACGAAAAGCCCCAAGGGCAAGGAUGUAGAAGACGGGGACAAAUUUACUUGCAACGACGACUUCAGGCAUAAGCUAUUCAGGAUAAAAAUCAAUCAGAUCCAGAUGAAAGAAACGGUGGAGGAGCAAGCAAGCACUACAGAGAGGGUCUUCCAGGAUCGGCAAUACCAAAUCGAUGCUGCAAUUGUGAGAAUUAUGAAGAUGCGCAAGACGCUUAGCCACAAUCUGCUGGUGUCAGAAGUGUACAACCAGCUGAAAUUCCCAGUAAAGCCUGCUGACCUUAAGAAGAGAAUAGAAUCAUUAAUUGACAGAGACUACAUGGAAAGAGACAAGGAGAACCCCAACCAGUACAACUACAUUGCAUAAACACAGGAUGGGCCUUUUGGUUGUGUGUUAUUUUUUUUCUGCACACUUGAUGUUCUACUUGGUUGCUGAUGGAUGAACAAGCCUGUUGAUCCCAUUUAAAUUAACUUUUUCUACUACCAAUGACUGAAUGAAAGCAACAUAUGGGGGAGCGGGGGGAAAACAUAAGAGAGUGGACUUUUCAGUGGCUUUAACGUGCCCAUUUAAAGAGUAGUAGUUACAUUUUAAGAAGAAUGCUGUUGAACUCUUUGCAUGAUAUUCCGUAUGAUGUGCAGAAAACUGUAAGGAAGUAUCUGGUCUUUGUGAUUCCAUUGGUUCCUUGGGUCUGAAGAGAAAUCUCUCUUUGCCAUCCUGAAACACAUUUAAAUUUAAAAAAGUAACCUUUUAAAAAUGCUUAAACUGCAUGCAAAUCUCAAAUUACUCUACAGAAUUAUUGGGUGUUUUUUAUCAAAAGAGCAAAAAUGGACAGAUCUGGCAAUCCCUCAGACUAACAAAAGUCAACGCCGUGUUCACCAAGUUUUACAAACAUUUUCUGAAACUGUUGGAAAGGAAACUUCACCACAUAAAUGAACUUGUAAGAUUGAGGUAGCAUAUACCCUUUGUUGCCGGCAUCCUAAACAACUUACUGCAAACUCUGCCACAAAAGCUUAGGGGUUUAGGAUACUGAUUGUCCUCAAAUGUAAGGGGGUUUUUUUGUUUGUUUUAAAAAGCUGCCAUCGGGUGGGUGGGGAGGACUCCUUUCCCCUUCCACCCCAGCCGCACUUCCGUCCACUACCCAAGAUCUACAAUCAAGAUUUGAAGUUCAGUGGCGGAUGUUGGGUGGUGGAGAGAAGUGCAGCCAACAUGAUCUCCAAAUCCACACAGCCAGUGUUCCCUAUAACAGGAGAUCCCAGAGUUGCUUGCUACAACUCCCAGCCAAAAGCCACUGCAGCUGGGGAUUCUGGGAGUUGUAGUCAACACUCUCUGGGAUUCCCUGUUGCAGCGAACACAACACGCCAGUAUCGCACUCCUGCCGAGAACCAGCAGUUGGUAGCAACUAGACUUGCUGUCUAUGAAGCCACACGGGGCUUUCUUUAGCAGAAGUGGCUGCAUCAUAGGCUUGAGAUCUGGAUGACUUAUCAUGGAGUCCACCCUUGCUGGGCAGUAGCAUUGCUUUAAGACCAUGCCUCGGGUCAUUCUGCCUGCUCCUCGCAAACCUGGCAGGUGGAGCUGCAUCGUCUGGUCAUCCCUUCAGGCAUGCACAACCCUAGGAGGAUACCUGAGAGGUGUGGAAAGCAACAGACUUUAGAGGCCCGAAUGCUGCAUCUGCUCACUGAUCUGGAAGCAACUUUUUCCCCCCUCUACACUCCCUAACCCAUGGACUAAGCAACGUUCGUUUAGCUGUUGUUUUAUUCAUCUCCUCUGCGAGGAGGGUAGAGAGGAUCCCGCACUGAUGUUAGGUUGCGUACAUGUCUAGGGGACUCCUUUUAUCUUCUUCUGAAUAUAUUACUUUAAAAACCGUUCCUCUUCACACUUCCACCAGGGUUCCCAUUUAACAAAAGCUACGUAGCUUAGUCAUGCAUGAAGCCAUACUGAUAACAAUUCUCAGCUCAUCAGCCCUGACUUUCUGCAGCUCUUCACAACUGGCCCCAGCAAGAAAAUCUUGUAAAUGGCUUAUCUUCAGACUCCUAGAGUCUCUCUCUCUCUCCCUCCCCACCCCCAAGGAUGAUUCAUUUCCUGACUCAACUAGAAGAGGAGAGUGAUGUUUCCAACAUGGAGUCUUGUUUUCAGUGCAAGGGGCUUGCUGCUUGCACGUUGGCGUGCAAUCUGCUCAGACAGCUGAGGGUGCUUUUGUGAGAGUGUCUGCUCUUGAAGAGGCCAGAACUAGGGGCUCUUGACAUCACUCCAGACCUGUUGCAGCGCAUGUCUUUUUCUCAUGGAUGUGCUGGUUCUAAAUUUCUCCCCAAACAAAAUGGACUGAAAGGAACCCAAGAGGUGGUGGGCCCAGUUCAGACAACAUUAGACGGUGCCUCGGUGCUACAACAUGUGUGUACCUAAGGGAACUACUCGCUUCGGCGCCUGGUUACAGGCAAUCUGGGAACUCUGGUUUAACUAGCUGAAUUGGAGCCAAAAGGAUCAAAUUGUUCUUUGGUAGCCUGGUUUGUUCUAAAACUAGUUGAUUACACGACCAUUCUCCAAAUUCAUACAUAAUGGGGAGCAGAGGUUGGCUGUGAAACUGAAGCUUUUUCUCCAUUGCACAUGAGAGGGAAGGGGUGUGGGAGUUCACAGCUCCCGUUGACUCACUCACCCAACUCUAAAACAUGGUUUAGCAUUUUAUCUGAACCAGGCCAUCAUUUAUGGCAGAGGAGGUUCUCAGACUUGGAUCCCCGGAUGAUGUUGGAUUACAAUUCCCAUCACCCCCCACAAUCUUUGUCUGUUGUGGCUGAUGAUAAAGGGACUUGUAGUCCGACAACAUCUGAAGACCCAAGUUUGAGAGUCCCUGGCUUAUGGAGAGGAAUGCGGGGGGUGGGGGGCGUUGUGUGCAGUUUGUGUUGGAGCAGUGAAAUGUGGCUUGUGAUUUUUUUACUCUGAAAACAACUAAUGAUUUCAAUGAAGCAUGGUAGCUUUCAGUGGCAGCAAACCACAGUUUGGAGUAAGAUGUCUUUUGAUUCCGUAACUAAAUUCACAAGCAUCUGAAAUGUGCCAGCAUUUGGGGUCAUUGCAUUUGAUUCGUGCAUUUCUGCACAGCCCUUUCCAGAGGCAAUGCCUAGCAACAUGACUAAUGAGAACCUUAGCAGAGCCCCAUAUUUGAGCUGGAGAAAACAGACGUCUAUACCCUCAUUCUUUAAAAGGGAAAGGGAGGGAAACCCCACAGUAUGACUAGAUUCCUUUCUCUUACCAACCCUUCAUUGGUGGCGAACUCUGGUAGAAAUUAUUUUUCAGCCAUACCGCCCAGCACCUUUUUUAUGUUGUGCUGGGAUCAUGUGCCUGCUUUAUUGAGCCAUAAAUAUAUUUAUAAUAUAAAUAAAUAAAUAUAUAUAUACAUAUCUAUCUAUAUAUCUACCUUUUUUUGCAGUGGGCUUAGACUGACCCACCCAGCUUGUCUGGCCAUAAAUUUUUAAACCUUUCCUAUGUUGCAUGCAGUUUAUAGCAGCCUCGUUUAUAAGAAAUAUCAAUUUAUUCUGAUGAAUAUUCUGGUUUGAGGGUUGUGUUUUUUUACAGACUUCAUGCCCAACAAAAUGGAUUUUUUCUUUUUCUUUCUUGGCUGGUUUAAAUUUUAAAAAGUGACCUUUUUCUUUUUUCCAAAAUCAACAGCAAACAUGUUGUAAAGAUUGUUCUGUUCUCUAGCUUACAUGAAGGUGCCAAAAUACAUAUAGUUAAUUUAAAAGAAUUAGAAAUUAAUUAAGUUUACUUUAGCUGGGGUUUUAUCUUUUUGGUCUUUCAGAUGCUCAUCUUGUGUGUUUGUGUGCACGCAUUUGUGCGUGCGUGUGUGUCUUGGUCUCUUCUCUGAAGCCUACCAUCCAUCUGUCCUAGUGUUUCCCUCUUUAAAAAAUGUUUUUCUUUGGUGCAUUUGAAAAUACCACUUUUAUUUUUAGUGAAUUCAUACAAUAGAAAGAGCAUCUCCUUUUCUGAAAAGUUUAAAGUUGUAAGAGUACAGCAGCAUUCAAAAAUGUAAUAUACUUUUUGUAUAAUAAAUUCUUCAGAAGAGUACCUUUGGAGUUUGAGGGAGAGGAAAAUAACCCUGUUCCUUUUUAAGAAGCCUCUUUGUUAGGCUGUUUAGAAGAUGAGGUUGUGCUUGUUCACUGCAUAGAAAUGUUCACCUUCUGCCAAUGGGGCAUGUCAGCAUUGCGACCUUGAAUGCAAAAAGAAAAAAAAUUGAAAUAUUUUUAAUGUUUCAUAAGAAGUCAGUGGUGGGUACAGAGAGUCUCUUCUUUGGUAAAUAAUGUAAAUACAUGUCCUUUAAAAAGAGUGAGUCUGUUAUCUAGGUAUUUUGUGUCAUUUAAUAAAUAAUAAACAGUUUUGUGUUGCUAAA